CCGUCCUGCCGCUUGGCCGCGGGGCGCCUGGCUCAGCGGCUUCUGCGGGCUACCAAGAGCGGGAUGUUGUGGGCUGGGUGGCUCCGGGGCGCCGCGGCGCUGGCGCUGCUGCUGGCGGCCCGAGUGGUGGCGGCGUUCGAGCCCAUCACCGUGGGCCUCGCCAUCGGGGCCGCGUCGGCCAUCACCGGCUACCUGUCCUACAAUGACAUCUACUGCCGCUUCGCCGAGUGUUGCCGCGAGGAGCGGCCGCUCAACGCUUCGGCUCUCAAGCUGGAUUUGGAGGAGAAGCUGUUUGGACAGCAUCUGGCCACGGAAGUGAUUCUCAAGGCGCUGACUGGCUUCAGGAACAACAAAAAUCCCAAGAAACCUUUGACCCUUUCCUUACACGGCUGGGCUGGCACAGGCAAGAAUUUUGUCAGUCAAAUUGUGGCUGAAAAUCUUCACCCAAAAGGCCUGAAGAGUAACUUUGUCCACCUGUUUGUAUCGACUCUGCACUUCCCUCAUGAACAGAAGAUAAAACUGUACCAGGACCAGUUACAGAAGUGGAUCCGCGGUAAUGUGAGUGCAUGUGCGAACUCUGUUUUCAUAUUUGACGAGAUGGAUAAAUUGCACCCCGGGAUCAUUGACGCAAUCAAGCCAUUUCUAGACUACUACGAGCAGGUUGACGGAGUGUCUUACCGCAAAGCCAUCUUCAUCUUUCUCAGCAAUGCAGGCGGGGACCUUAUAACUAAGACAGCUCUUGACUUUUGGCGGGCCGGAAGAAAGAGGGAAGACAUUCAGCUGAAGGACCUGGAACCUGUACUGUCUGUUGGAGUCUUCAAUAAUAAACACAGUGGCCUGUGGCACAGUGGACUGAUCGACAAAAACCUCAUUGAUUACUUUAUCCCCUUCCUGCCUUUGGAGUACAGACAUGUGAAAAUGUGUGUGAGGGCCGAGAUGAGGGCCCGUGGCUCUGCUAUAGAUGAAGACAUUGUCACAAGAGUGGCAGAGGAAAUGACGUUUUUCCCCAAAGACGAGAAAAUCUACUCAGACAAGGGCUGCAAGACUGUGCAGUCGCGGCUUGAUUUCCACUGAGCUCCUGUCUGGAUGGGGUAGGAGGCAGCUGGGAGGCUCCGCACAGCAGACGCCUUGCCUUUCCGAAGAACCCUGAAGACCGCUUUGGGGUUUUGCCUGUUUGCACCUUAGAGUUUGGGGAUAUAGAAUCUUUUUUCUGAGACAGGGCCUCGCUCUGUCAUCCAAGCUGGAGUGCAGUGGUGCAAUCCUCAACUCACUGCAACCUCCACUCCCAGUUUGAGGGAUUCUCAUGCCUCGGCCUCCCGAGUAGCUGGGAUUACAAGCAUGAGCCACUGUGCCCGGCUGGGAUAUAGAAUCUAAGAGUUGAUUUUGGAAAACACGUGAAUCUAUUGCGUACAUUUGUCAUUUUGCAAGAUGACAGCCGUCCAGCUCUUCUUUGCAGCUGAAGAUGAACUUUUAAAAUCCCCUUCACACUUAAUGUACUGACCGUGACAGAAGUGCCUGAAAACAGCUGUGCAUGGCAGGCCUGGCAAUGGUUUCUGACUCACAGCACCCGCACCUCAGAAGCUACUAUCAGGACUGAAGGAGUCCAGGAACCUGCUGCAGGCUGAGGGGCACUGGGUUCCCACCGGCAGGCUGGGGAGCGCUGGGUUCUUACUGGCCGAAAACAUCCUUUUGCUCUGUUUCGUUCUUUUUUUGUUUUUGAGACAGAGUCUCGCUCUGUCGCCCAGGCUGGAGUGCAGUGGCACGAUCUCCACUCACUGCAAGCUCUGCCUCCCAGGUUCACGCCAUUCUGCUGCCUCAGCCUCCUGAGUAGCUGGGACUGCAGGUAUCCGCUACCACGCCUGGCGAAUUUUUUGUAUUUUUAGUAGAGACGGGGUUUCACCGUGUUAGCCAGGGUGGUCUCAAUCUCCUGACCUCGUGAUCCGCCCACCUCAGCCUCCCAAAGUGCUGGGAUUACAGGCUUGAGCCAGUGCGCCCAGCCUCUGUUUCGUUCUUUACACAGAGAGAGUUCACUGACUUGAAGUGUAUUCAAUUAAAAUCGGGGGUGGAGGUGCAGACGGUGUCUGACAGGAGGAUGUGGCCGUGCCCACUGAGCACUCUUGAUCUGGGCUGACCUGUCUGUGUGUGGGGUGGGGCCUUCACCUAACACCUCUGCAGCAGACCUGGACAGACAGGUCUCUCCCGGCUGUCCAUUGUUCUGGCUGCUAAUACAGCCCUGACUGUGGAAUCCUUCACCAUCUCAGCUGGUAUCAUCCCCAGCCUUCCUUGUGCCGCAUCUGAGCUUGGCUCACUGCUCGAGUCCCUCUAACCAUCUAUCGUCAUAGGGUUGAGUCACAGUGAGACCACUGGCUUUCAAUGUGAGUCCUUGGUUUCCAUGGUGAGAUGCUUGUUAAGACUUUAUACUUGGGUCCAUCUCUCACUUUAUUUUGUAGAACCAUUUGAAAUCCUAGGAUGUGCUCAUUCUGGAAGGAUGACAUGGGCCCAGACUGAACAGUCAGCUUGCAGAUCUUAAAGGACAUUGCUCAUUUUAAAACGAGGGAAGGACACAAAAUGGAAUGAUUGCUUAGUCCUUUCUCAGAUACUCUUAAAACAAUUUUUUAUUGUUAAAUUUGUGGUAAUACGUGGUCACAACUGUGGAUCAAACAAGGUUAGUCUACAGUCGUGGCAGGUCCUGGGUGUGACCUGAUACCACCACCCUUUGUGGCAGCGCCAGGCUGGACUGCCCUGAUCCCUGGGCUGUGAGACUUAGCUUCCAGCCAGUGUGAAUCAUUGCAUCUGUCUCAUAAUCGCAGCACAGCUGCAGACACAAUUACAACAAUGUGCAGCAUUUUUUACAUAAAAAUACGGUAGAAUUUAUGACAUGGAAAUGCCUUACAGGCAUUAGUCUUGAAAAAAACACCAAGGUGAGGUUUAAAAUUUUUAGUACGUAUCCUCAAAUUGGAGCUAAGUUACACUUCUUUUAUAAAAUGUUGGGCAUCCGGUUGAGAGGAGACAAGAUUUUGUUUACAGUGAUGCAACAAAUACCUAUUUGCCACCUUUGGACUGCUAUUACUGAUUUGUAACUUGAAAAGGCCGUGGUUGAUCAUGACCCCGCCUCUUCCACCUCCCUUGUAAGAUGUGGACAAGAGCUUUAUUGACCUACUGAAUAUAAAAUAAUAAAGCCUAGAUUUUAUCAUGUGAAAUGC